UAUCUAAGAUUACCUAAUGGAAAUAGUGAAGUUAAACCAAAUUUUGACUUGGUCAAAUUCUGAGCUUCAUUUUCCUAGUUAAUAUUUUCAACAUUUUUUCCAGUUGUAGCUUAAUCAUAACAUACAAUUUUCUAUAGACAUAAAAAUAUUACAAUGAGAAUAGCUUUACUUAUAGCUUUAGUAGUUUGUGCAUUUGCACAAGCUAAAUGUAAUGUAGGAGAGUUAUAUACUCUACAUUCCCCAGAAGCUGUACGAUUGGUUAAAGAUGUGUCUCUAAGAGUUAGUCAGCUACCUGACAUAUUCUCUUCUAUUUUUGGUUUUACAAUUUUCAAUGAAAAAGAAACAUGGGACAGUUUACUAGUAUCUGAUCUAUUUGGAUUUCCAGAAGCUAUUGUUAAUAUAGUUAUACCAGGUGUAAAAAAUGCAGAUCUAUCCAUUUCAGAAGAAGAUCAACAUUAUUUGAUAAAUGAUGAACCUAUUGAUGAAAUAUUUUAUGCCUUAGAAGCAAAUAUUAGAAAAAGAUAUCCAACUCAAGAAACAACUAUUAUGCAGAUUGUAUUAAGUGACGAACCAGUUGUUAAAGGAACAGAUCUUUUCAAACCAAUUAACAAUAUAAAUGAUGAAUCAAAAAUUGUUACUGAACAUCUAAAUUUACUAAUAGAACAAGAUUCAAAAUUUUUAGCUGAAAUUUACCAAUUAAAUGCUUUAGCGAAAACUAUUAAAACCAAAGUAUUUGCUAAUGGAGUACCUGAUUUGUACUGGAUUACUGCACCAAAUCUUCAAAAUAUUAUUAACUUCUAUGGUUCAAAUUCAUAUGAAGCUGGUGAAGCCAAAAAAAUUUUAUCAGAUGCUCUUAACCGUUUAAGCCAAUCAUUCAGUGAAGCAUAUAAAAAUAAGGUAUUGGUUACUGCUACUACAACAAAUUCCAAUAAGAUUAAUAGAUCAAAACGUCAGGCUAAUAAUGAAAAGCUGUUAAACAUUGCAUCAACGCCAUCUAGUGAUUACCCUGUUAUAUUUAAUCUCUUAUUAUGGUUUACUGUUAUAUUCGUGUUCUCUUUAUUGGCAAUAUCAUUAAGCAUUGCUGAUAUGGAUCCUGGACGUGAUUCAAUAAUAUAUCGUAUGACCAGCAAUAGAAUGAAAAAAGAAAACUAAGUAUCACAAAAUUAUAAAUUAUAAGUGUUAUGUAUAAUUAGCAUAAUUAUACAUUAUGAACUACAUUUGAACUAGCAUUCCAUCAUCUAAUUGUACAUUUAUUUAUGUUAGAAUUUACUAUCAUUUGUCCAUCAAUAUAAUUUACUUAGACUACAAAUGUGUUUUUAGUUGUAUUUAUUUAAUAUAAAAAGUUGUUAGAU